AUGAAUUGUUCGAACAAAUUUAUUGAGUUACGAUUUGCUCUUGAGAUUUCAAAAGAGUAUGUGCUCAAGUCUCUGGGGAAGAAAUGGAGAGAUUACAAGCAUGAUUUGAAAAAGCGUCAUUUCAAACGAGAAGAUGGGUUGCAAGUGAACAAAGAUAAACAUCCAAAUGCAACCAUUCGAUGGCAAUGGGCACAAUUAGUUGAUUAUUGGUAUUCAAAUAAAGGAGAGGAUUCAGAAAGACUUGGGGUUGCUAGCAGAAAACAACAAAAAUAUACUCAUACCUCUGGAUCAAAGAGCUUUCCUAGAAAGGAAAAGGAAAUGGAGGUUAACAAUGGAAGAAAAGUAGGACGCCUCGAAUUUUUUAAAGCAACUCAUACCAAAAAGGAUGGUUCUCACAUGAAUGUGGAAACUGAACAAAUUAUGGUUAAAGCAAAUGAGAAGUUAGCUGAAUGUGAAACAGUAGAUGAGGAUAUGCAAAUGGUUGAAACUAAAAUUCUAACACAAGUUAUUGUAAAAGAACGAUAUGGGUGA